AUGGCUCUUCCAAUUACAGGCUAUACUGUUUCCACGGUCCCUGCUACGCAGGACGGGGCACGUACGAUCAUGGAUAUCGAAAGCUCGGCAAACGAAAGCAGCCCACUUUCGAGGCUGUUGUGGCCAGCCCAUCUCCGCCCGGAAACAACACCCGCCACAGCUGAUGCACAAGCGCAAGAUGACGAAGAAGUGUCUCGCACUGUUGCUUUUCUAAGCGACCCCAAUAAUAGAUACUUCUGGAUCACCGAAGAUGCAACCAAUAAAGCAGUUGCGUAUGCAUGGUGGCAGUACGCCAAAGGUCGCACAGAGGCUGAGUGGGCGGAGACCUAUGCGAACAGAUACCGGCCGGAAGGAAUGAACAAGGCCCUAAUGGAUGCAACGAGCGGAGCACGAUUUCUGAAACGCGCGAAGAUUCUAGGCGAGAAGGACGUCUUUAUCUUGAAGGAAUUAUACGUCCGCCCAGAAUUUCAGCGUCGCGGUCUUGGGGGGAUACUGGUGGAAAAAGGCCUUCGUGAAGCGGACGAGCUCGGUCUUCCUGCUUAUACUGAAGCUACUGAGAAGGGCUUUGGUUUGUACUUGAAGCAUGGCUUUAAAGAAGUUGACAGGGUGACUGUGGAUCUGGAACCCUGGGGAGGUUCGAAAGGCGAAGUGAGCUCGUACGCUCUGUUGUUGCGAGAUAUCCAACCAAAGAGACCUGAUACGCAUUAA